AUGCGACGUCGUCGCAGAGUCUUGGCACUUCUAUUCAUAUUCUCCGCGUUCUUCACUCCGCUAGGAUUCUUCUAUUUCACAAUUGCAAAUGAGUCGCGGAGCAGGUAUUCCGACGACUCCGAAGAAAAUAAUGGUGGAUAUCAAACGAUGGAGGUGUCGGAACCGCCGGAGACGAUCCACGUGGAUUUCAAGAAAUUUUCGGAAGAUGAAUGCUCAAAUUUUCCGCCAAAUAUGACGAGAGACUAUCCGGAGUGUGAGAGUAAGAUGAGGUGGAUAAGGAAUGGGUGGAAAACCCAUCACUGCUACGCUGAAAACUACGUGGAUGGAUCUGAAUGCUCAUUCCGUUAUUAUCUGUCACAAGUUGAGAGUUAUUGUCCACUUAUUGAGAAGAACACGCAUAAAAAGAGUCUGGCGAAGAUAAGUCCUAGCAUCCGUCGACUCCUUCCGAUAUUCGAUACAAUUCCAAAUUAUAUGAAGACAAGAAUCAAUCGAUUAUGGAAGAAAUGGAAGGAAGGAGCACAUGAAGUGAUGGAGAAGUACUCGGAUUCGAUGAACAAUCGGAAGAAAUUGAAUGUUUUGGUGUUUGUUGGUUUUCUGGCAAAUGAAAAAACAUUGAAACUGGCGAAGAAAUCAGAUCAUGGAGGACCACUUGGGGAGUUGUUGCAGUGGUCGGAUCUACUGGCGACACUUUCGAUUAUUGGACAUCAUUUGGAGGUUUCGACGGAUAAGGAUAGUUUGAGGAGUGUCGUCCAUAAAUAUAUGAGCCGCGGACCCUGUCAAUAUGUCAAUGGAUCCCGUCAGCAGUUGGAUAUCAUAUUCACAGAUAUCAUGGGAUUGAACAUUUUGAGACAACAACAUCGACAGUUUUUGAUGAAUAAUAGAUGCCGAAUCCGUCUUCUCGACUCCUUCGGAACCCACGCCGAGUUCACCAACAAGUCAUAUUUCCUGAAAAACAAACGAGACCUCUCCGGUCCAAUUUCUCAACGAAAUCCAUGGGGUGGACACGGUCUGGAUCUCCGUCAACACUGGACAUUCUACCCGCAUUCAGAUGACAACACCUUUUUGGGAUUCGUCGUGGAUACAGAAGGCGUGAAUUCAGAAGAGAAACAGAAGAGAUCAUAUCCAUCUGCUCUGGUGUACGGGAAGGAGAUGUACAUGUGGGAUAAUGCUCAAAAACCAAUCAGAAUUCUGAAGAAAUUUGUGAACAUUUAUGCGACAGUAGCGGAUUUGAAAGAGUUCGAAAGACGGGAGAAUAACGGAUCUUCAAUUUUCAAUGAUGUUCAGAAUUAUGGAUUUUUGAAUUCUGAUGAAAUCUCAACGCUUUUGGAUAAAACGAAUAUAUUCUUCGGGUUGGGAUUCCCAUUGGAAGGCCCCGCCCCUUUGGAGGCAAUGGCUCACGGAGCAGUGUUUAUUAAUGCGAAGUUUAAGGAGCCAAAGUCAAGGAAGAAUUAUAGAUUUUUGGCGGAGAAGCCAACGUUAAGAGAGUGGACCAGCCAAAAUCCGUACAUGGAAAAAAUCGGUGAGCCACACGUCAUCACUGUCGACAUUGAUGAUGAGGAGGCGUUGGAAGCGGCGAUAAAAAGAGCGAUUCAGUUGAAGCCAAAACCGUUCGUUCCAUUCGAGUUCUCCCCAGCUGGAAUGUUGCUCCGAGUUGCUCUUUUACUCGAAAAACAAGAGAUUUGCGAUAAGAUUGCAGUCUCGAAACGAUGGCCACCGGUAGAUCAAAUGAAAAUAUUCCGGACUGUGAACCCCGAAGAUUCCUGUGAAAUCGCGUGUCACUCACAGAAUUUGUUGUGCGAACCUUCGUAUUUCCCGAUAAUUAAUUCGUCACCACUGCUAACACGCGAAUUCUCGUGUCCAUCCACUUCCGCCGACGCCUCCCCACUCGCUCCAUUCAACUGUACCACCCAAUCGUCUGCGUCUCUCUUCAGUUGUGCCUCUCGUCCUCCGCCACUUUCAGAUAUCAUUCGAAUCUGUCCAUGCCGUGAUUACAUUCCACAACAACAUGCCAUUUGCACCAAGUGCCUCUGA